AUCAAUCUGACAGGUGUAAGACAAAGAAACGACGUCAUGUUUUAAAGAACGGAGUAAAUUUUUAUACCGUUUACAAAUACAACAGCACUAUUGUUUUAUGCAAUUUUUAAUUAAACGAUGGUGUCAACAUUCUUAAAUAGUUUUACAAUAUUCGGCCUUCCGAGCUAGUGGUGAAAAAAGGAACUAACGAUUCAGUCGUACACAAUGAUUGUCAACUUGACAGUUUUCUAUGAACUGACAGCUAUGGAAGCGACGCCUUCACCAGCACAGUUAAAUUUGUAAUUGUAUUGUGCUGCACCGUACUUUCAAUAAGCAGACAAGCACUCACACAAACUCAGUUGUGUAGCUUCGCAUUCUGUCUGUAUAAAUAAAACAUUACCCACACAUAGGUUAUAAAAAUGGCUGCAAAUCGUCGCAAGCAGGACGAUAAAAAUUUAGAAAUUUUACGUGAACUUAUUUCACUAAAUGGGAACAAAUAUUGUUUAGACUGCAACCAAAGAGGACCUACAUACGUAAACACUACGAUCGGUUCCUUCGUGUGUUCGAAAUGUUCGGGAAUGUUGCGUGGCCUUACACCACCUCAUCGAGUGAAGUCCAUAUCCAUGGCCACUUUCACGCCGGAAGAAAUAGAAUUUAUAAAAGCGAGAGGGAACGACUACUGCAGGCGGGUAUGGUUAGGCCUUUAUGAGGGUGAAAGUGUGAAUUUUACCGAUGAACAAAGCGUCAAAGACUUCAUGUCAGACAAAUACGAGAAGAAGCGUUAUUACUUGGAUUCGGCCGCAAACAGUAACCCUCCUGUCAAUGGCAGUUCUAUAAAAAACAAGCCUAAGGUUAAGACCGGAAAUAACGCAUCUGGCUCGACUCCUUUGAUAUCGAUUUCGCCGCAAACGUCGAAAAAUGUUGUGAACAACAACACAGUUGUCCAAACUGCGAAAGUUGUGAACAAUUUGGUGCCAGCCACCAACAACAUCACCUACAGACCUCAGCCAGUGACCAGCCAGCCUCUCAUGAACACCGUCAACGUCGCGCCAGUACCUGCUGCUGUGCCAGCCCCAGUACCUGAUUUUCCUGUUGAUUUCUCGACGGCAAAUAUAUACAAUAGUAGUCAGUUCAACAGUAGUAUGAAUAAUAAUUUCUCAUCUCCGUCCAUGACCUCACAAGCAUUUAAUGCUUUUAGCCCUCCAGCUCAGCCUGCAAGUGUUGUGGUUUCAACAGAUGACCGUUAUGCAGCCCUGGCAGAUUUAGAUCUGGCUCUACGACAGCAAAACAUGAAACACAUGGAGGAAAAUAUUGUAAAUAAUAAAAAUCCAUUCCAAAGUACCACAACCAAUGAUCUGUUUGCAAAUAAAAAUCCUUUUUUCAAUGGAGGAUGGAGCACCAACACUACUACUGUACCAGUCAACCCUUUUAUGCAGCCAACAAACAACGGCGGUUUUGUAAAUUCCAAGAAUCCAUUCCUCUGAUUGGUCGUGGAAACGUAAGAACUAAGUGUGAUGUCAAAGAACAAACUACGUAACAAAAAGCACAAACAAAGCUACAAAUUUUAUGUUAUUGAACAAUUGUAUAGUAGUUGAAUAAUUUAUAAAUGUUUUGCCAUUGUGGGGAUACAGUAACACUUCGAGUAUACGCAACAUUGUUAGGUAGGCUCGGUAUAAUACAUAAGGAGAAACAUUAGUAUUGAUAUUACUAAAAUUGAAGACGUAAAUCGGGGUUUUACUGUGUCUUAAGCGAUAUCACUUCAUGGCUACCACCGUGCAACACGCUUGUUAUGGUUGUAAAAUUGAGUGCCUCAUAAUGCCUUAAAGUUUUCAAUAUUUACAAUUACUAAUAAAAUUAUCUCAACGUAAAUUAAUAGUAUUCAAAUAUGUUGAUAAUGAAAUUGAAUAAUAAUUUAAUGUGUAUAAAUAUGAAAUAUUGAUGAAGACUCUGGUUUUAGCUUUAUUCUAAAUUAUUUAGAUAGUAUUUUAAUGAAAUGACCAGUUGACGACGAAGCUAUUUACAGUUUACACUAACAUUUAAAGUAAUAUGAUGUUGUUAAUACGAACAAAAUUCCUCAACAAGUUCGAUCUUAAUCCGGUGCCUUGUGUGUCUUAAUAUGUUAGUAAAGUUUACGGGAACUGUACAGUUUACGUGUAGUCAGACUAUUUCUACCAAACAAAUAGAUCAUAGUUUGUAUAAGUCACGUUUAACAGUUCCGUGAUCAACACAUUUGAAACAUUUAAAUAGAUAUGUCACGGCGAUAACCCACAGGCGACGUUGUCUGAUCUACUAGUAUUUUAUAGAACUGUACAGCUUUCUUGAAUAUGUCCGCAUAAAUUUUGUUCAGUGAGUCAGCCAGUGACUAAGUGAUACCUGCCAUGCAAGUAAUAGAUAGGUCACUGGCCUUAUUUGAUAGAAUAGUUUGGAAUUGUAUGGAAUGGUACAAAAAAUUAACAAAAUAUGUAAGAUAAAGGUUAUAAGAUUAUUGGGUAUAUGUAAGUAAGAUCUAUAUUUUGAAAACAAUUGAAUAUGAGUAAUAGUAAAUAUUUUUCGUCCAUGUAACCGUUGCUCAUUAAGAAUGUGACCCAAAA